GCACAUUCUUCACAUAUAGAAUGAGGUAGGAAAAAGUGGUUGAUUUGUUGAUGAUGGCAAAGGGAACAAGGUCACACAUUACUGUAAACUAUCUGCAGUUUGACGUACUCAACCAUUUUGCUACCACUUAAAGCAAGAACAGAAGCCUCUUUAACUGCAGGUUACCGCCACUAGAGGUCUUUCUUACUUUCAUAUAGUAGCUUCUAUUCAGAUGGUGCUGCUUUUUUAUGUAUUCCUACGUGAGCAGACUCAGUACACUUCUGGCAUAUUGACACUGAAAUUUACAACAUGAAUAAUAACUUAUUCCUGUUAUUGGAGUAACCUUUGUGCUACUCAGAGCUCCAGCUAUCUGUGGGAGUUUAAAAGGAUAUUUCCAGCAGGUAAACCCAGCUCUUUCAGAAAACCACGUAUGUGUUAUUCCACAAAGGCUGGUCUUCAGAGACCAAAGAUAUUUUUUGGAUCUCAUCUUAGUCAUUCAAGAUCCUAAGACAUCCUUAAAGUCACACUUGUGUGAACAAGAUCAAGGAAGGCAUUUCAACAAUUUUCUUGCCGUUAAUCCUGUUGGAUGCUUUACUUUCAUUUGGAUAUAACUCAGUGGCUUCUGUUAAGCUAUUUAAGAUCAGCUUCUACAGUAAAAGUAAGAAGAUGGGACAAGAAAAAAAAGAACCCCUAAAGGAAAAAAUUCAAUUUGCUGUAAAAGGAUAUAUUAUUCCAGCAAAACUAUGCAUUAUGGAGGAAAGAGCCCCAAACUGUUGUUAUGCUUGUUAUUUAUACUCUAUGCAAAUACAAAAUAACUGGGAUCAGAUAUUUAAAUUGUAAGUUUACUAGUGAAGCUAUAAAAGAAGAUUUUAUUAAGAGUAAAAUAGUAAUAAAAAUUCCAAGCUCCCCCCUCCCCUAUAUAUAGUUAGAGUUAACUUUUCACCCAGUCACACCAAAAUCUAUUAUAUUAGGGUGGGCAUCAAGCCAGACGUUUUUUGAAUGACCAAAUGAAAUGGGUCGCAAAGAAACACAUUAUUUGCAUACAUUAAAUUGCGAUUCAAUGGCUCAGCAAGGCAUCAAAGUGCGUCCCGCUCUGCUUAAGCGGAACAGCCUAGAUUCAGUGGAUUUCAGAAGGCAGCCCCACCAUCGCAGGAGCAAAUCUCAGCAAGUCCGCUUCAAAGAUGAUGGGACAGACAACCCACCAGUAGAAGAAUCAGAAUUGGAGAAAGGAAAUGUUCAAGAUCCAUCUACUUUGAGUAAAAUACAAAAUUCCCAAUCCCACAAUGUAGCAAAUGAUUCCCUCAGUUUCCCCCCAUCUCAGAAAGGAUUACAAAAUAUUGCCAUACAGACUUCCCCUAGCCUCAGGAAGCACUUUCCCAUGUUUAAAAAGAAAAGAAUUACAACAAGUAAGUCCUUAACAGAAAUGCCAAAUGAGCCUGAAUAUUCAAUUCAUGUUAAUGGCAAUCUGUCUGAACAGGAUAUCAUCUCUUCUAGCAUCUCUUAUUUAAGCCUCAAUCAGCGUUUGGACGAUGAACCAAAAGGAACCACGGCACCCAAGCCACUAUUUCAAAUGGUGCCUAAAGCACAAAGCAAUGGGCCUCUACAUGUAGGUUCAGACAGAAAUGCAAUACUGGAAAAAGUAACUGUUUGUACCCAGGUUCCUGAGUACACCAACCUGGGUUCUGCACAAGACAAUUUUUCCAUUUAUAGCCCAGAUAUACAAAUGGAUUUCAACAGCUCUGUUCACACGACUACAGCUGUGACACCAACCAGUGAGAACUGCUCUCUACACACAGGCUCAGAGAAAUCUCUCACGUGUGUAAGUCAAAAUUGUAAAAAUGUCAAUGUGAUUCAUAGUCCAUGUGAAGAAAAAAGCUACACUGAGCUACUUGCCCCUGAGGAUGACAUCAGUUUUAAGGAAACCGUUUUGUCAUCUCCACAGUUAGACCACAGUCCAUCAUACUGUUCUGUCAAAGAACAUCAACCAGCAAUACAGCAGGAAACAGACUCUGGGCAUAAAACAUUGACUAAUGAUAACCAAACAACAUCAUUAACCAACACCAAUGAAUCAUCUCCUGUUCCUUCAUGUCAAACUGUAACAGAGAACAUUUCUAUCAAUACCAAAGUGCCACAGUGUGACAGUUGCGUGGAAGGUUUUCACAUAAAUGCCUAUCUUCCAGGGACUGAUACAAAACCACAGAACAAACCGAUUACUGAAAUUAAUCAAAUACACUUGGCACAUCAUGAGUUGGGUGCCCUACAAGACAGGCUCCAGUCUGUUGAAGAAUCUUUGCAGUCAAACCAGGAGAAAAUUAAAGUCCUUUUGAAUGUAAUUCAAGACAUGGAAAAGGCCAGAGCCCUUAAUGAAGGGCGGAACUUCUACCGCACAGGCCAAGAUCUCAACAAUUGCAGCACUUGCCAGAACACUGCAUGUAUCAUUUACAGAAUAUCAGAAGCAAAGACACAACUGAGAUUACCCGCAUUUACUCGAGUCUUACUUCGGUGAUCCCUCGUUGUCUGAGUAUGUUGGCCUUACAAGUGUAGCGUCUUGGCGAUGGGUACGUAGGUGACUGUGGAAUCCUAUUCUUGACCCGCACGUUCUUCCAUUGUGAGGGCAUCUAUUUCCAGGUGGAAGGCGGGUACCGGUCAGUGUUGGCUUGACACACUUUCCUCUUGGCAUGUUUCUCCCUUUCACCCUCCAUUCAUUCCUCUUCGAAUUCCACUGCACAGCUGACCUCCAGCUAGAGCGCUCAAGGGCCAGGGCUUCCCAGUUCUCAGUGUCUAUGCCAUAGUUUUUGAGGUUAGCUUUAAGCUCAUCUUUAAAUAUCUUUUCCUGUCCACCGACAUUAGGGUAAAAGGUAAAGGUUUCCCCUGAAGUUAAGUCCAGUCAUGACUGACUCUGCGGGUUGGUGCUCAUCUCCAUUUCUAAGCCAAAGAGCUGGCGUUGUCCGUAGACACCUCCAAGGUCAUGUGGCUGGCAUGACUGCAUGGAGCACCGUUACCUGAGUCUAAUACACCAUCAAAUCUAAUGCACACCUCCAUUUUUACAACACUGAAAUAAUUAAAAAAAAGGAUUUGCUGGCAAAAUGUGAUCUGCAGCACCAAAAGGUGCACUCUGCAAUAUGCCCAUUGCAGUUUCUACCUGCUUAAAAUUCCUUCUUUAAAAACAAUUGUGUUAGGACCAAAAAAAACACAUCUUUUUGGAGUUUAUACAGAAUGGGGGAUGCCUGGUUUGAUAGCAGUAUGCAUGAAAAAGACCUUGGAGUCCUCGUGGACAACAAGUUAAACAUUAGCCAACAAUGUCAUGCGGCAGCUAAAAAAGCCAAUGGGAUUUUGGCCUGCAUCAAUAGGAGUAUAGUGUUUAGAUCCAGGGAAGUCAUGCUACCCCUUUAUUCUGCCUUGGUCAGACCACACCUGGAAUACUGUGUCCAAUUCUGGGCACCGCAAUUGAAGGGAGAUGUUGACAAGCUGGAAUGUGUCCAGAGGAGGGCAACUAAAAUGAUCAAGGGUCUGGAGAACAAGCCCUAUGAGGAGCAGUUUAAAGAGCUGGGCAUGUUUAGCUUGCAGAAGAGAAGGCUGAUUGGAGACAUGAUAGCCAUGUAUAAACAUGAGCCAACAAUGUCAUGCAGCAGCUUAAAAAGCCAGUGGGAUUUUGGCCUGCAUAAAUAGGUGUAUAGUGUCUAGAUCCAGGGAAGUCAUGCUACACCUCUAUUCUGCCUUGGUCAGACCACACCUGGAAUACUGUGUCCUAUUCUGGGCACCACAAUUGAAGGAAGAAUGUGUCCAGAGGAAGGCAACUAAAAUGAUCAACGGUCUGGAGAACAAGCCCUAUGAGGAGUGGAUUAAAGAGCUGUGCAUAUUUAGCCUACAGAACAGAAGGCUGAGAAGAGACAUGAUAGCCAUGUAUAAAUAUGUCAUAGAGAGGAGGGAGUAGGCUCUUUUUCUGCUGCCCUUGAGACCAGGAUGCAGAGCAAUGGCUUCAAACUACAGGAAAGGAGAUUCCACUUAAACAUUAGUAAGAACUUCCUCACUGUGAGAGCUGUUCAGCAGUGGAACCCUCUGCCCCAGUGGAACCCUCUGCUCCUUCUUUGGGGCCUUUUAAACACAGGCUGGUUGGCCAUCUGUCAGGGAUGCCUUGAAUGCAAUUUUCCUCCUUCUUGGCAGGGGGUUGGACUGGAUGGCCCAUGAGAUCUCUUCCAACUCUACAGUUCUAUUAUUCUAUGAUUUUUUGAGUACAUUUAUGCUGCAUAAUGAAUCCACUUUAACUGCCUUAGUUACAUGCUAUGGAGUCAUGGGGGCUGUACCUUUACAAGGCCUUGAGCCUUUUCUGCCAAAGAGUGAGGAUGGCUCGUUAAACUACUAGAAUUAUAUAGCAUUGAGCUAUGACACUUAAAUUACAGAUGACAAAUAGAAGCUCCAGGUGUUCAUGAAGCAGCCUCCCCUAUUGCUUUUGUUCAGCACUAAGAUUGCCCUAUUAUGCGAAUCUAAUGCGCACCCUGAUUUUGGCAAGUUAAUUUAGCCACAAAAGGUGAAUGUUAGAUUUGAGUAAAUAUAGUAAUGCAGUAGCACAAGCCUCCUGAACAUAAAUCAACAUGUAAUUGUAUACCAGACAUGGGCAAACUUUCUAACUUGGGGGCCGCAUGGGCUGGAGUAGAGUAGGUAUCCUUCUCUUCCUCUUCUCUUUUGGAAGCAGAAAGUGAAGGAAAGAUGGGAAACUUUUGGAUCCCAAAAGGGUUGUUCGUGGUCAGGAUGAGAUGGUGAAUGGGAGAGAAAAAGUGUAUCCAUUAGACCCUGUAUUGCCUGCUCCUGAUAUAUAAUCCUAGAGCUAGAAGAGACCCCCAAGGGCCAUCCAAUCCAACUCCCUGCCAUGCAAGAAGGCACAAUCAAAGCACUCUCGAUAGACAGUCUCUGCAGAAAAUCCUCCAGAGAAGGAGACUCCACCACACUUCGAGGCAGCCUAUACCACUCUCCAACAGCUCUUACUCUCAGGAAGUUCUUCCUAAUCUUUUCAGCCAAAUAUCUUUCCCUGCCAUUUGAAUCCAUUGCUCGCUCAUGCCCUGGUCUCUAGAGCAGCAGAAAGUCAGCCCCCCCCCUCCUCAAUGGGACACCCUUUCAAAUCUUGAAACAUGGUUCUCCUGUUUCCUCUCUACCUUCUCUUCUCCCAGGUAAACAUCCCUCAGGAGGAAGGAAAAAGAGAAGGAAGGGUGGAAAGGAAGGAAGGAAGGGAGGGAGG